AUGUUAUAAUUUUUUGUUUUCUAAAUGGGGAAUCCCCAAAAUAUUCUGUCAUAUACUUCUGCUGUACCUAGGUAGCUUAGUUUAUCUUGAUUUUUUUCUUUUCCUUCUUUGGCCGUGAAUCUUCAAAUCUUUUUUCUGUUCAUUGUGUUUUAUUCUAUUCUGUUGAUGGAUAUUUUUGCUUAGACAGAGAUUAGUGGGGAAAUCUGUGGGGUCAUAUUUGUGAUUUUGUGACUUCUGUUAAUUCUAUAUGCUUUGAUGCCUGUAUAUGAGCCAAACUGCUGUACUUUCUACAAUUUCAGGUAGAGUUAGGUAUAAGUUUGCAUCAUUUUGGAACAGAAACCAUGCUUUGAGAGGUUUACAGCGUUCAGCAAAGAACUAUCAUACAAUGCUUGAAUCUGAGAAGAAGGAGAAGGAACAAUCAGCACUACGUGCUCAUAGUAGUUCCAUCAGAGGUAGCAAGCGUCAAGAUAAGGUUCCAAAGGAAAGUGUUGCAAAGUUUCAACCAUUUAUCAGGGAGGAUGUACUUUCUAGUAUCUACAGUGAUACUUUCCCAUGCACGGCAGAGCAAUUCUUUGAAUUACUACUGAAUGAUGGGUCAACCUUCACAAAUGAGUAUCGAGCAGUACGAAAAGAUACCAAUCUUUCGAUGGGUCCAUGGCAUGCUGCGGAUGAGUAUGAUGGUCAAGUCAGGGAAAUUACACUCAGAUCACUAUGCAACAGCCCAAUGUGCCCUCCAGAUACAGCAAUGACAGAAUGGCAACAUGCGGUUUUAUCAGCAGAUAAAAAGAUGCUGGUCUUUGAGACUGUACAACAGGCACAUGACGUUCCUUUUGGAUCUUAUUUCGAGGUUCACUGUAGAUGGUCUUUAGAUAGCAAGUCUGACUCCUCAUGCAUCAUGGAUAUAAAAGUGGGGGCACAUUUUAAGAAAUGGUGUGUGAUGCAGUCUAAAAUCAAGGCAGGCGCUAUCAAUGAGUACAAGAAAGAGGUUGACAUUAUGCUGGACGUCGCUCGUUCAUGUAUCAAAUCAAGAACUUCAAAUGCUACAACCGAAAAUGUUGCCUCUGCUCCGUCGGUCGCGCCAGAAAUCAGAUAGUAAUGCGCCCUUGUUAAGGUUAUUGUGGGUCAAUAUGGGUUUUAAGGCUCUUGUAGUCCAUUCUUCAAUUGGCAUUCUGUUGUGAACAACUGCAGUCUUCUGUAACAUGUCAUUUGGCUGCCAAUCUUUAUGUUUUGUCCCACCCUAUCUCCUUUGUAGAGAACCAGUGGUGUGUUUUGUGUUCCUUGUGUUAAUGGAAAUUUUUGUUUAAUUAAAAGAAUGGGAAUUCUUUUCCGUCUUUGUUGAAAGAGAAUCUUGCUUUAACCAAGUUACUCU